AUGAGUCACUCUGCGGACCGCGUGAACGUGACGGUACGGCCGGGCCUGGCCAUGGCGCUGAGCGGGUCCACCGAGCCCUGCGCGCAGCUGUCCAUCUCCUCCAUCGGCGUAGUGGGCACCGCCGAGGACAACCGCAGCCACAGCGCCCACUUCUUUGAGUUUCUCACCAAGGAGCUAGCCCUGGGCCAGGACCGGAUACUUAUCCGCUUUUUCGCCCUGGAGUCCUGGCAGAUUGGCAAGAUAGGGACGGUCGUGACUUUUUUAUGAUUGGGCACGGAGGGAUCCAGGGCAUCUGUGAGCUGGCUGCUUCUUCCAGAGAGAUCUCCUGGCAGAGUGAGGGCCUGGUGAUAACCAGCUUUGGAUUAUCCCGCAUGCAACAUUCCUGUGAUCACAUAAUCCUCUUCUUCGUCUUCAUAUGAAAUAAAUGAAGAGAGCUUCCUCAUUCAAAAAAAAAAGAAAAAAAAAAAAAAA